AUGGCAGAGGAAUUGUUUGUCCCUUGCGUAUGGACAGCAAGAUACAAGGGGAUGCCUCGAAAACCACGAAGAAGUGGCCAGCUGGUGCCUCGACCUUUUGCGUUUUCACAAUUUGCUCUUUCAGUAACUAGAACUGCCACAGCUUGCUCAUCAAAGCACAAAGUUUCUAAUUCAAAAUCUGACAGAACAUCUUUCUCAAAACUAAUAGCCAAUAGAUCUAGUAGGAAGCACAACUUGAAGGAGAACAGUUCUGAAGAAGAAGCGCAUGAAAUGUUGCUACAAAGCUAUCUUGAUGAUAAGGUGUGGGACUUGAGUGGUUUUGUAGACUUAAUAUUAGCACAAACAACAGUGGGCUCUGUGGUCAAGAUAGAAGAUGAUGAAGAUGAGGGAUUGUUUGCACUUCUUACAGCUUUGAACUUAGGAAGAUAUAAGGAUAAUAAGUGUAUCACUGAAAUAAGAGACUACUUGCUUAAAGUAUGCGAGGAAAAGAAUGUAGUUGGUGAGCUAAAAAGACUUCUAGAAGACCAAGCUGAUCAUGUUGAAAUAGAAUAUACCGCCACUUUCAAUUGGCUUUCUUGGAUUGGUAUGGGUAUGAAUUCUAAGUUCUGA